AUAAAAUUAUUUUUUAUAUAUAAAAAAGAUUUUUGCGCGAAAAUAAAAAACAUGGAAUCGUGCAACUGCUGAUUGAAUUUGUUACGUAAAUUUUAAAAACUGACCGAACUGGGUAUUUAGUUGAGUGAGUUGGGUACUUGCUUCUGGGCCUAUGGAAACGACAGCCAACUCUAAAUUUAGCGAUGUUGAUGAAUAUGGCUUUAAACGUGCAAAUAAUUUUGAUUAUAAAAACUAUGAAAAAUUUAUGUCGAAUUACCUGAAGACGCUGUCCAAGCGACGAAUGAAAUGGGAAGCAAUAUUACAACAAAACAGUGAUCUCACAAAUAUCGAUGCCAAAUUGAAACGUUAUAUACGAAAGGGGAUACCAGGUCCCUACCGUCCUGAUGUUUGGAUGAAAAUAUCUGGCGCACAUAAGCUACAACAACGUUCUCCGGAUCUCUAUCGUAACCUUUUAAGUUCGCGAUAUGAGAAGGAAAUAAGUGACUCUAUAUCAAUUGAUCUACCUCGUACGUUUCCUGACAAUAUCUACUUCGAGACUAAGAAAGAAAGGCUUUUUAAUAUUUUAAUUGCAUAUGCACAUCAUAAUCGAGAAGUUGGUUACUGUCAAGGAUUAAACUAUAUUGCUGGUCUUCUAUUGAUCGUAACCGAUGAUGAGGAGAAAUCAUUUUGGCUGCUAAAGCAUAUAGUGGAAAAUAUAGUACCACAGUAUCAUACUAAAAACAUGGCUAAUCUUUUACGAGACUUAGCUGUCUUUAAGGAAAUGGUGAUAAGAAGAGCACCCGCUGUAAAUAGACACAUUGAACAAUUGGGUUUGCCGUAUGCUGUCAUAGCAAGUAAAUGGUUCAUUUGCAUAUUUGCUGAGGUGUUACCAGUUGAGACAGUGCUAAGAAUAUGGGAUUGUGUAUUUGCAGAGGGUUAUAAGAUAGUUUUUCGAGCUGCAUUGUCACUCUUUUUAACUCACAAAAAUGACAUACUGAAUUGCGAAGAUAUUGCCGCCUUGGCGAAUUUAUUUCGAGACAUUAUGAUACAAGACGAUAUUGUUACCAACUGCCAUAGUUUUAUACAAGCCAUGUUCAAUUUGCGUUUAAGUCGCAGUGAAUUGGAAAGCUUACGCAAGAUUUGCGUGGGUCGCAAUAAUACUUAAAAUUUAGACUAAAUGCUGUAACUGCUUGAACUUAUUUUAUUUUGGCUUUGCUGUUAUUGAAGAUGGUAGAUUUAACAGUUUUGUUAUUGUAAGUUAAGUUUGUUUUAAUAUUAGGAUAAUUUAUACAAAUUCUGAAUGUAAAUUUUGCAUUUCUAGUUUAGUUGUAAAUUUAGCGUCCCUCAAAAACUAUGUUUUGUAGUAUUGUGUGUGUAUGCCGGUGUGUAGUUUACUAAAUACAAAGUGCUUUUGUAUUAUUUAGGCUUAAUUUUUAAUUUAAUUGUUAAGUUUAUUUAAAUUAUUAAAUAAAAUUAAGUUUUUCUUUGUUAGAGUAAAACAUUUUUAGAUGAAAGUUUUAUUACUGUAACCAUUGUAUUGUACCACAAACAACUUAUAUAUAGAUGACCAAAGCAAACCAUAAAACUGGCAAUCAUUUUGAAAGCAAAUAAAUUGUUCUUAGUGUCAUCUUACUAACACAAUGAUUAAUUUAUUUUAAAAGCUCAACUUUCUGAUGUGCUCUAUGAGCACAUAUGAUUCUAUGGUUCUAUAAUUCUUUGGUUUACAGUCUACGUAUGAAUGUUAAUAAGAUAUUGUAGAUUGAAUAGUGAUUGGACGGCCAAAUUUUAAAAUUUUAGUGAAUAUUUAUUCUCUAUAACGCUGGAUAUCUAGAUAUAAAUUGUUUAUGAUUCUACUAAGCAUUACUUUUGUACUGUAUAUAUGAUAUAUCUAUCACCUAAAAGCAACCAACCUAUGUGGUUGAAUUACCUUCCAGGUCCAAAAACUUUAAGUAAUGUUAACUCUUUCGUGCAGUUAUUUUAACUUAAACUGCACGUAAACAAAACAAUUAAUUUGAUAUUUGUUUGAUAUAUUAUUCUAUUAUUAUGUAUUUAUUAGACAAUUUGAGCUAGUAAGAUAAUUUGUAUAGAUUUAUUGUAAUGAUAUUUUGUUUGUGUAUUAUGCUAUUAUUUAAUUUAAUGACCAAGAACAAAAUAGUAGUUAACUUGUAACAUUGUCAGUAAAACAUAGAAAGACAUAAGUUAUAGGCUUUCAUUUUGUUAGAGAACAAAUCACAAAAAAUUAACUAAAAAA